CUCUCUCUCUCUGUGUGUGCUCUGCUCCGCCUCUGGUGCUCGCGGGCUCGUUAAGCAGGCAAGCGCGCGCGUUCUUUGCCACCGCAGCGUCUCGCGUGCAACUCUCAUCUGGUCGGUCGUGUUCACACACCGCGCCCGGAGGAGCGCGUGAUAUCAGGGUAAAGAGAAGAGAAAAUGACCACGGAGAAAGGUCCUGAGUUGGAAGUAAAGAAGGCGGCAGAGGAACCAUCUCAACAGAAAGCGUCUGCAGGCAACAUGCCCGAGUCUUCUUCAGAUGCCAAAAUGGCCAAACAGGACCAAGAUGGCAAACGUCUGGAUGAUCACAAAGAUCCAGACGAUGAAUCCGAACGAACGACACCAGGCAAGAGUCCCAAAUCGCCGCAGAAGUCGUCCAAGCGUUUGAAGACUGUCCCCUUCAAGGUGACUCUCAUGGACAGCUCGGAUUACGAAGCUGGUAUUGAGAAGCACUGCAAGGGUCAGGCGCUGCUGGACCUGGUGUGUGAACAUCUCAACCUGCUCGAGAAGGACUACUUCGGCUUGACCUUCAGCGAUUCAGACAGCCAAAAGAAUUGGUUGGACCCCUCCAAGGAGAUCAAGAAGCAAAUGCGAACUUCUCCUUGGCAUUUUGCCUUCGCUGUCAAAUUCUACCCUCCAGAUCCUUCCCAGCUCAUGGAGGACAUCACCAGGUACUACUUGUGCUUACAGCUGCGUGAUGACAUCCUGUCCGGUCGGCUCCCCUGCUCGUUCGUCACUCAUGCUCUGCUGGGUUCCUACACCGUGCAGGCUGAGCUUGGAGACUAUGACCAGGACGAGCACGGCACAGACUACGUUGGCGACUUCCGCUUCGCCCCUAACCAGACCCGUGAGCUGGAGGACAGAGUCAUGGAGCUGCAUCGCACCUACAGGGGCAUGACACCUGCUGAGGCAGAAAUUAACUUCCUGGAGAAUGCCAAGAAGCUGUCCAUGUAUGGGGUCGACUUACAUCACGCGAAGGAUUCAGAAGGGAUUGAAAUCAUGCUGGGCGUUUGUGCCAAUGGCCUGCUGAUCUACCGCGACCGCCUGAGGAUUAACCGCUUCGCCUGGCCCAAGAUCCUGAAGAUCUCGUAUAAGAGGAGCAACUUCUACAUCAAGAUCCGCCCAGGAGAGUAUGAGCAGUUUGAGAGCACCAUUGGCUUUAAGCUGAACAACCACAGAGCUGCGAAAAGACUCUGGAAGGUCUGCAUCGAGCAUCAUACCUUCUUUAGGCUAGUGUCUCCAGAACCUCCACCUAAAGGUUUCCUUGUGAUGGGCUCUAAGUUCCGGUACAGUGGGCGAACACAGGCCCAGACGAGGCAGGCCAGCUCCCUGAUCGAUCGGCCUGCUCCUCAUUUUGAUCGCUCCACCAGUAAGAGGCACCUCCUCUCCCGCAGUCUGGACGGAGAGUUCUCCAGGCCGCUAUCCACAAUGAUGGAACCUCAGGAUGCUCUGUCCCAGAGGAGCGAGACGCAGUGCUUCUCAGGAGACGAAGACGGAGAACCUGACCUGAGUCUCGACCAGGACCAAGAAGAUUCCGGUCUCACCACUCCAACCAGGAAGAAAGAGAUUAAGUUUCUGGAUAAAUCAGAAGACAUGCUGCUGAAGCACCAGGCAAGCAUCAAUGAGCUGAAGCGAACCUUGAGGGAACCCAACAGCAAGCUGAUGAACCGGGAAAAGCGUCUCUCAGCGACCUCACCGGGUGACACACCCGAGAAGAAGGCUGAGGCAAUUGGAGCAGGUGGAAGAGAACCUAUUAACAUCCUUUCAGUGGAGGACUUCAUCCAGAAGACAUUGGUGAUUUCGCCCGAGGGUUCUGAGGAGUGGGUGUUAAUUGAAAAACAGGACACUUACCAACUAGACUAUGAAAUGGAAGAGAAAGAUAACAGCAAAGACAAUGUUUCUUCACUUCCUUUGGUCACUGAAGUACUUUUAGAACAAAAGAUGAUACAUAUUGAAGUAACUGGUGAAGAUGGUAAAGAAAUGCAAGUUCAGAUGGACACCUUCCCAUCUCCUAAGGUACCACCAAAGGAUGAAUCAAAGCAAGGGACUGGUAUGAGGGAACCAGAGGUACCAGAGGUGUCAACUGAACCAAGGACCACAGAAACCAAGUUGGACAAAUUACAAGAAACAAAAGAAGAAUGUCCUUCAGACAAACCACACAAGGAAACGAGACCACAGAGUCUAAAUUUGGGAAGACCAGAGUUUGUGUAUGAGACAAAAACGGAGACAUCAAACAUACAACAUGAGGAAUCUGAUGAAGACAAUAAUACUUCAGGAAAAGAGGUGACACCAACCAGGCAACCAGGAACAGAAUGCUGGUCAGAGCCCUUGCCUGAGAAGGUAAAGGAACAUAUGAAAGAAAGGCCACUAAAUGAAGAGAAGGAGAAGGAGCUUAACAAAGCUAUAGAAGAAGAUCAAGAGCAGCCCAUUCUGGGCAAGACAGGGUUUGACGAUGCAAAACAACAAGCAGGCAAUCAACUAAAGGAAGUGUUGUUUGAGGCAAAGAGCAUUAAUGUUGAUGAUCGGGUAGAUGCCUCUGACUCAGUCAAUGGCCCCAUAAAAGAUGAGCUAAAAAGAAAAACGGAGAUCAAGUUUGAGGUUACCAAAAUCAUCAUGAUUGACAACAGUGAAAAUGAAGAGGAGCCAGAGAAUGAAAACAACCAGAGAAUGGAUGAAUUUUUGCCUGAAAAAAAGAUCAGCAAUAUUGAACAAGAGAGUCUUGAAGAGGUCCUUGCAGAAAAGGUACAGAGAAGGACGAAGGUUGCAGGGCAUGUUCCUACCGAAAUAACAAGGAUUGUCCCAUUAAAACCAGAGAGGGCCAAGAGUCAAGAGUACAGAGAUGAUAUAGAUAUUGGUGAAGAAUCGAGACUGAUGAAAAGACAUUUUAAAAGACAUAGCAUGUAUGAAUCUCUAGAGAGACAAUUUGACCCAAGUAGGUUUGAUUCCAGGGACACAAGUUCUUCACAUUCUCUAUUUACUUCCUACAAAUCCACCAGAUCUCAAGAGGCAUCACCUUUAUCCAUGGUGGAUGUAGAACAUAACAUCUUACAAACUAAUGAGCAGCAAUCAACCAUGUAUAGCGAGUGUCUGCUCAAAGGAAAUGCUACUCAGGAUGAAGAGGUGAUCAAAUACACCACCAAAGCAGGGUACAAAAGUCUUCCCCAGUCUGAUGAAAUGGCCAUGGAUAUUCAUAUGUUCUCCUCCAAGUCCCAAGCACUCCAAAAAAGUGGUCCUCCAACUCCUCCGGUCAAAACCAAGAAGGCCAGAGAAUCAGGACUGAUUCUUCGAAACAGCCGCAAUACAAGCAAAGAGCCAGCAGUGGAAGCCGCUUUGAAGAAACAGCACGGGGAGCCUCUUUCCACUCCCGCCAUUUAUGAAGAGACAAUAGACGAAGUCAAGCGCCGGCCACUCUCCUCCAGUGAAUAUGAGUUCGAUCGCAACACAGCAGCGACUCUGAGGGACUCACACCUGGGCAUUGAGCGUAAGUGCUCCAGCAUGACGGUCAGUUCCACCUCCAGCCUGGAGGCUGAGGCUGACUUCAGCGCAUUCAUGGAGCUUCAUGGAGGAGUAGAGGAGUCUUCCAGGAGCAUGGCCGAGCUCGGAGUGGCAGAGGACUUCAGCAUUACCCAUAUCACAGGAUUUCAUGAUGGGCUGCCCACGAAGGAGAGAGUACACGAAGAACGCAUCCACCAUGAAGUGGAACCUCCACCUGUGGCCAGGAAAGACCCGAAUGCAGUCAAUGUGGCGCAUAUGUUGAGAAAAGGAGAAUCCAGGGUGGAACCUCAAUCCAAUGGUUCUGGGGUUCCUCACAACAUUACAGACUUCCCAGAUCAGCAGCCUGUGCAGGAGGUGGGUAGCGGUGAUGUUAACUGUGAGGAGACCAUAGUCUCCGACAAUGAUGUCAUCCAGCCACAGGAGGGAGAUCCGAUCCAGAAAGAGAGCAGACCAAAGGAAGCGAAAGAGAACGGGUCUCCCAUUAAAACAGGCAGCAUUGGAAAGGAAUUUAUCGCGUCUCCCAUCAGCAAUGAAAACGUCACUUCCACAACUACGACGCAAGUCACAAAGACGGUUAAAGGGGGAUACUCGGAAACAAGGAUUGAGAAAAGGAUCAUUAUUACAGGAGACGACGCUGUGGACCAACAUCAGGCUCUCGCGAUGGCAAUACAAGAGGCCAAGCAGCAGCAUCCCGACAUGCUCGUGACUAAGGCUGUGGUGGUCAGAGAAACAAACACUUCCUCUGAGGAGAAACACAGGACAUCCGAGUCCUGAUCACAGGAGCAUCACCUUCAACCCCACCUUCUACAGCCAGCUGCGAGAAGCAAACCGUUGCUACUUAGUGAUAACACCGACGAUCCCUGCAUCCUGAGCACGCACGGUCUAUGGCUCCUCCUUCUUCUCCUCCCUCAAACUCUGAUGUCAUAACCCCAUCGACGCAGUGCACUUCCUCCGUAUCAACCUGUCACUACUCUGUUCACUAUUUUACCCAUGAACUGUAUAAACGUUGAUAGCAAUCUCCAGUUUAGCUUCUUAAACUGUGAAUAGCAGAAACUCCGAAAACUCUGGGGGAAAAAAAAAUCAUCGGAAAGCAACCCAGCGUCCAUACGGUUUGUGGCGUCAGCAUCGACGUCAUCCGUUUCAUAAGUUUACAUCCGGAUCCUCGCUCUAAAUUACCCGUAAUCCUUCAUGUUUACUGUGGAAUACUUCUUUUCUGUGAAGACAUUUUCGGUUCUUCCUUCAUGCAUGACUUUAGAGACAAUUCGAGGUCGGACAUGGUCUGGAGUCACGAUUCUGCUCUUUCCGCUUGCUGUCACUUAUACGAUGCUCACCUGCUGUCUUUUUAGCGUUUUUUUAAAAAAUAUAUAUAAUAGAUGAUCAAAAAGUGUUUGCUUGUUGAUUACAACUGAGCGUAUUUAUCGAUUAUAAACAUACAUAUGCAUGAUUAGCUGGUAUGGAUGGAUAAAGAAUCCGAGCUUUGAUGUCCAUCUAGCAGCAUUUUCACUAUCAGAGUCGUCUGAUAAUAAUAUUAAUCACGGACAUAACCUUCAUAACAUCCGCUCAGAUUCCAUGUCGAUUAAUAAUAUAUACGCAUAAUGCAUUGCAAAAAAAAAAAAUAGAAGGGUUUUUUUUUUUUUAUGUUUUGCUUUGUUUUGUUUUCAUUGUAUCUGCUUCUGGAGUACUUGGGCCCUGCGUUACUUCCAACAUGUCCCUACUGUAUCCUUACAACUCCUUUUGAAUAAUAAUAAUAAUUAUUAUUAUUAUUAUAAGAGCUAUAUAAACCAUAUAUAUGGGUUACAAGAGAAUUUAGGAAUCAAAGAUUUUAAUAUAAAUGUUGUAUCUAAAAAAAAUGUUAAUGUGAUGUUUUAUUUUUAUUUGAUAAAAUGUAUGAGUGCGAGGAAAGAAAUGUAUUUAUAUGAAUUGUGAAUGUGAGCACUUGGGGUUUCUCACUGUAUCAAUGACGUCCAUCAUAAUGUAGUCACAUAUAGACAAAGCCUGGGUUCAUAAUGGAGGAUUAGAUGCUCUAAUACUUAAACUUAACAUGUACUUUAUUAUACUGUCAAUUGGAAUAAUUAUUAGACACGACGUAUGAAGAUGGUUUCACGUCCACAAUCCGUCAAAAGUUUGCUGACAUCUUGCUUUUUUUUUUCUUCCAGAGUUUAUUACGUAAUGAUUGAUUAUCACUGACUCCAAAUAUGUCUCAAAGCUGAAUAUGAGAUAUAUUGGGAUAAAGAGGGCAAUGCAAAUCUGGCUCACACUUACCACUUCCUGAGAAACUCUCAAGUUACUUGGGGUGCGUUUCAAUCAGUUCCUUAGUUCUGGAGUCAGGGAGUACUGAUCAGGGAGGUGGCCAUUUUAAGGGCUUCCUAAAAACAAACCCCACAAUGUUCCGCAAAAACCAGGAAGCAUUGAUGCUCACUAUGUUCCCUUACUGGAAAUGACGUCAUGUUUUCUGAAGCCUCUCAGCUCGAUAAAAAACAACUGUCAGCCAACUUUGUUUACAAAUGUAAAUAGUUUGUGACCGUUGUUGUAGCUCUCAAACUAUUACUUAAGUUAGCCAUUUUUUAAAAACUUUAUUUGACGUUCUAUAUACGGUUUGUUUGAGUCUAGCAACUUUUAAGUGUUUAAUACAUAUGAGAGCCACUGUUCUUUCCCUUUAAUUCAUCACCUAUCUGUAUACAACUAAAUUAAAACAGAACAAUAUGGCUCCAAAGUUGUUUCCCCCCCCCAAAAUUCUCAAAUUUGAGGUAAAUUUUUAUACCAUACAUUCUCAACAUGUCCUAAAGCAUAAUUCUAUUCUUAACUCGGUUUUGAUUUUCUCUUCAAAUUAAACCUGAUUUAUUAAGUUAAUCAAUUAGACCUCAGACCUAGAUUUUCACUCUCAUCAAUAAAUACCUCUCAUACUAAUUUUACUACACUCUACUACCGAAAAAAAGGUUCCCCCAGUUUUCUGUGGAUUGUUAAGUGUUCUUCACUUCCUAAGGAGUUCCAAGAACCAAACUAUACUUUUACACUUUGUAUCUUCUAUAACUUGAUUGUGUAUCCUUUGCGUGUGAAAGUGAACGUUGUGUUCCUUUAAUUAGCUUUUAGAGGAAAGCUUUAAGAGUAUAUCAGUGGUCCUUGAAGUACCUAAAAGGAUUGUUUUUUAUUAAAGUUCUACUAUAUUCAUGUUACUAGCUGCAAGAUACAUAUUCAAGGUACAAAUGAUGCACCCGUCAUGGUACCAUACCCGGGAUAAGAAAAAGUAGAAAUUAGUACCUUUAUUUCUGACAGUGUGUCAUGUUUUACAUAGAAUCGUUAAGCGAUUCCCAAAAGGGACAAAGUGAAAAACCCUUUAGUUCUUCAUUGAGCCCUUUUCCCACAAAUAAUUCAACACUAUUUUGACGUACUUGGUCUCCCCAAAGUUUUGAUGACAACAUAUAGUCUGACCAAAAUGAUCAUGUCUCUCUGCAUCACCUAUAACUACAGAUAAAAAAAACCCUCCUAAAAUCGUUCCCUAGAAACGUCACGUAAAAACCGCAACACUCAAAAUCUUGCAUUUAAAAGCUUCAUGCUUCCGCCUCCGUCUUUAGCCACGGCUUUGUCUGUUUCUCCCACAGUCUUCUCUGGGAUGGGAUGUGUGUCAGAUCUGCUGUUUGAGGUUUUUUUGUUAAAUUGUUUUUAUUAUUUUUUAACAUUUUUUUUUUAUAUAGUUUAUAAGUUCAAAGUCUGUCAUCACUGGAGUUCCUGAAUAAUGUUUAAAGACUAUAUGAAAUGUUACCAGGCUUCCACAGAGUUGUGUUUAAUACACAUUUUUUAAAAUUAUGUUUGGUUUUUAUUAUGUUAGCUGGUCGCUUGUGCUUGUGUUGAAGGGAAUGAUGGUCUGGUCGCAUUUAAAAAAAAAAAAUCAACAAAGAAAUGUAUGAAUUCUGUCACUUUACUCAAAAGUAAAUUUAAAACCUGCGGUCUGGUUCUGAUAUAUAAAUGCAAUUGAGGUGUAAUAUAAUGUACUGUACAUCUAGUCUGUGGAGUGUCUUUCAUAUCGGGUGCCUUACUGUCAGAGUCACUGCCACUUGAGGCAAAAGAUUAAAGUUUUUUCAGUUUUUCAUCAGCAGAAAUAAUGGCUAUAUAGAUAUAUAAUCGAAUAUAGACGCACGGGAGUAAGGUGAAGUGCCUUGUAUAUACUUGCACAUAGAGAUUCUGCACGUUAGUUUUUUUCCGCGCAGGCCGUAAUGUGGGAAGUGCAAUGCAGUUCUAACUUCGGCAUUUAUAAAACUGCAUAAAGGUUGUAAAGCAAUGCUGGUGUAUUUUUUAAUUAUUAUUAUGAACGGUUUAAGUUAAAUCUCAUGAAGAAACGUUUAAGUUUUUAAAAAGUGCUUGACUGUUUUUGCAGAUGAGCAGAUGAAAAACCUUAAUUUUCAAAGAUUUCACAAAAAAAAGUGUUCUUCAAAAGUUAUUAAUUAGGUUAAAAUUAAAAUCGUCACUAAAACAGAAACCCUCUGUUCAAGGGUUCUACAUUGAACCUUCAGGGUUCCCCUGAGGUACAUACAUACAGUACAUCAGAAUCUUAAGGACACUAUUUAAAGAAAAUACACUGUUUGAGGGGAUUGUAACUGUAAAUGGUUCAUUCCUAUCUUACAAGUAAGUUUCAUCUAGAACCAUAAAGUAUUCUUUGGCUUGUCUGUCUGGGGAAAGCCUUAAAGUCUUUAUGUAGAACUGUAAAACAGCCGGUUUCCCCUAACAGAAAGGGUUCUGGCCCUCCUUAGGAUGCUCUGAACCAUUAGGAUGCAAAGAACUUUAGAAGACAUUAGAACUGUUAAAGUGUGUAGCACAUUCAUGAAGCUUCUGUGAAGUUCUCCGUCAUCAUAUUUGAGACCUUUUUGGGGUUUACAACUCCACCUUUAAGAAGUGAAGAACCUUUAAUUGUCCAAAAGAACCUUUUUAAUGAGUGUAUGAACUGUAUUGACUUCACUCGCAAUCCGGUUGAUUUGAAUUUAAAUAUAUAUAUAUAUAAAUAUACAUAGGUUCUCUAAGGGUUCUUUAGAUAGUUAAGGAUUCUUUGGUUUUCCAAAUAGGAUUUAAUUUCAUUUAAAUCCUUUCUAAAAGAGAAAUCCUCUUUUUUUAGGAUUCUACAUACAGUAGAACCGUCAGAGGUUCCCUGUGAGGUAUGGAACCUUAAGGAUGCUUUUUUUUUUUCAAAUGCACUUUGAGAUGCUUAUAACUGUAAAUUUUUAAUUCUGAUCUUAUAAGAUAUUAGUUUGUCUUUGCUAGCACACUUCGGGGAAAAAAAAGGUUUAAUCUGGAACCAUAAAGUUAUUAUUAUUAUUUUUUUUUAUUUGUCCCUCUUGUAAAAGCCUUAAAGGUUUUACGUAGAAAGUCAGAAGUCUCUUUAGGACUUAUGCAUCUCUGAACUAUAAAAUAUCCAAAGAACCCUCGAAGAACCUUUGUUUUCAAGAGUGUAACACAGUCAUGAAGCUUUGAAAUGUCUUCUGUGGAGUUUCCCUCUAUCAGUUUACCUUUUAAAAGUUAUUACUUUGUGUUUAUUAGUACAUUUUAAUCUAAACCUAAGUUUAAUCUAGAACCCUACGCUGUCAGCAUCCCUUUAGGGCCAUAAACUAUACAAAGAACCCUUGAGGAACCAUUUAGUACAUUUAUGAAGUGUCUACUGUAACCUGUCAUCUUGACUUUAUAUUUAGAACAAAUUUAAAAAAAGAGACAUAAAUACCACAUACCACAUACAACCUUUUAUAUCACCUCACAAAUCCAUCAGCAUUGCUUUCCGAAUGAGUCAUACAGUGCUUAUAAAUGUGUUACGAAGCCCUUCGUACCCUUCAAAUGAAGUAUUAGCGAUGUUAUCAUAUCUAGAAUAUAGUCAGGCGGGCCUGUGUGAAUAUACAGCAUAGAAAUAACAAUAAGAAUUAAGCUUACGCUCCAAAGGAAUCAUUUCCUAAUUCAGUACGUAAUGAUCUGUGCAUGUCAUGAAGCAUCAGCCUUCCUGAGACUCCCAUCCUUCUCCUUCACGUUCUCCCUGUGCUUGAUGGUGUGUUUCUGCUGUAUGUGCAUCCAGUCAAUAAAUUUCUAAAUCCA